AUGCCUCCCGCUACUCGGGGAAGUCCUACUGAAGUUGCUGAUGAUAGUGAUGAUGAUCUCAACUCCUUGAAAGAUGAACCAACAGGCCAAGAGAACUCUGAUGGAGGCAGAGGUGGGACCAAUGGGGCAAUGGCCGUCGAUGCUACUGGUGGCAGUCCGGGGCGUGGCAAGCGUGCUCGGGAACCUAAUGCUUCUCGAGCAUCUGAUCGCGAUCAUCGAGGUCGGGCUCCUACAGCGCCUAAUGCUGCCCCUGGCACUGGGGUGGGGGCACGAGCUUUCUCUCCUGGAGGAGAUGCUCCAGUGACCUCUCGUGAGUUUCGUGAACUACUCAAUGCUCACCUUCAUGCUAUGACUAUGUCCUGGCAGGAGAUGAAUGAUCGGGUUGGUGGCGUGGAGGCUGAAGUUUCGUCAUCCAAGCAAGAUCGUGCUGUUCUUCACUCUCGCAUUACCCAAGUUGAACGAAAGGAGGCUGACAUGCAUGUCAAAGUGAAUGACCUUGCUCGCUCUGUGGAACAACUUCGAGAAGCUUAUGCAAAGGAUGCCAAUGGCAAUGGGGGUGGCAAUGGUGGUCCGCCUUCUGAUCCAUGGGCUGAAUAUCAGGCCAAGCGUGGCCAAGGCUCUGGUCCUCCCGUCCCUCCUCCUGGUGGCGGUCGUGGAGAUGCAGUUGGUGGUCUUCAGGGACGUGAGGAACUAAGUGAAGAUGACAAGCGCACGCUGAUUGUUGGCGGAUGGAACCAGGACUCCCGUCGUCAGACGAUCAUUGAAGAGGCUUCCUCUUUCCUUGCCAGGGAUGGGGUGAAGGAUGAUGUGGACCAGUCUGAUCUCACUGUAUGGGGUCCCCGUCGAUCCUUUGGGGUGCUCAAGUUCAAGGAGAGAGCUGGUGAAGGGAUGCGCGAAGUUCGUGAUAGGAUGUGGAGGGUGAUCCAGAAUUUGAGAGCCACACCUUGUCGACUCCCGUCUACUGCUGGGGCGGAUGGGGUGCAAAAGAGCAUGUGGGCUGCAUUCACGAAGACCAAGGAGGCUCGUCGCCGUGGGGCCCACGCUUCAAUGCUGAGGAGAGUCACGGCCACACUUGCUCGGGAUGCCCGUCUCAAUAAAGAUGCCCACAACCCUGCUGCUGUUGAGGAUGGGGCGUUUGACAUGGAUUGGAACUCAGGAUCCGUCUGGCUGGGUGAGCACAAGCUUGGCUCCUCUGCCCACCGCACCCCCCGGGGUGAGAGCAUUAAGUUGUUGACUAGUGGAUGGGUCGACGUGAUGGCGGUUGCGAGUGCAUCGGGGGUGACCUUCGACUCUGCCCUGGCGGCAGUUGAACGUGAGCUGUGCGUGGACGAUAAUCGUUGUCCGGCGCCUCCCUUGCGUACCUUUUCAUCAUCGGGGAGUACAACAAGUAUUUCCCGUCGUUUGGCAUCUUGGAAUGUGGGUGGUCAAAGUCUUACCAAAAUUGAUGCGAUUGGUGGCUCCAUGGAUGUGCUCUCAAUACAAGAAAUGCCACGAAGUGGGGUUGGUUGGGAUGAGCACACUACCGACUGUUUCACAUGGCUCUCGUACCAGGGACCCAGUCAGUGGCGAGGUGUUGCCAUUGCUGUUGCCCACGACCUCUAUGACGCCUACACCGACCGUAUCUCCUUCGACCGUGGGGCAGCUUGGGUCGUGCGAUUGAAAGAUUGCAGAAGGGUGAUUCUUGGCUCCUUACACUUGCCGACUGGGGUGCCCACACGUGUUUAUCAUGCAGCUGUGCAAGAAUUUCGUCAUGCUCUUCUCCGUUGGCAUCCUGAUCUGCCUUGCUUUGUCGGGGUUGAUGUCAAUGAGGUUGUUGAGUGGUCGCACGCUUCGGAGGGUGAAAACACUGAUGGAAUCAUUCCGCUCCGUGCAGGGGCGAAACUUGACAAAUUCCUUGAAGCCAUCGGUGACCUGAGAAUGAAGCCGAUUGCCCCUCAAUUUGAAGAUCGUUGGUCCCCUACACACUUCCCACGUGAUGAGUCGCGAGAGGGGCGUCACAUUGAUGUCAUCCUUUGCAGGCAGCUUGUGUGCUCUCAUGUUCAAGUUAACUCCGAAGUUCGGUACCACAUUAACACAGACCAUGCUCGUCUUGAGUGUUGCUGCGAAAUGGGGCGAACUCGGUUGAAGAAAUGGACUGACACCAGACCAAGGUGGAUUCCGCCUGGGACGUGCAUUCCGUGUCCUGCCGACUGGAAUGACAUCAAGGAGAUUGCCAAGAGUUGUUCUCAUCCUCGAGCCAAAAAGCGGUACGUUGAUCCUCCUGAAGUUCGUGAUGCCUGUACCCGUGCUCGCGGCCUACGUGGGGACGCCAGCAAAGCAGCUUGGAGGGAUGUCCAUCAGCUUCGUCGAAGGAGUCGCCGUGCGUGGCAACAGAGCCGGACGGCACGUAUCUUGCAUGGUGACUGGUUUGCGUAUCGUGACCAUCAGGCCGAAAAGAAAAAGAGAUGUUGGUGGGGCGCGAUGCUUCGGGACAAGACUUCAGCGCAUGUCGCUUGUGACGUUCAGGGACAUCUCGCAGGUAAAGUCUGGGAUGAGCACUUGUCGUGGCAUGCUGAACUCUGUGAGAAGGUGCAGGACAUCCAUUGUGACCUGUCUCAAUAUAUGCCCAUUCAAGCUGAGGAGGUGGCCAAAUCAUUGUCUUCCAUGAGGGCGCGCUCUUCGCUUGGACCGGAUGGGGUGAGUGUCGAUGUGCUGCGGAAAAUCCUUGAGGCCCACCCUGACCGGCUCUGUGCCUUGCUUGAUGAGGUGCUGCGCGAUGGUGUUCUGCCAGAGGAGUGGGGUGAGUCCCUUCUUGCUCUCCUUCCCAAAACAGUUGAACCCAAAACUGCACGAGAAUUACGACCUAUUGCUAUGUCUUGUUCCAGCAUGAAGUUGCUCUCGAAAAUUGUCAUGGGGCGUAGCUUUCAGGCCUUGCGUGAUCCUGCUCCGUGGUCGGCCUGUGGUUGUGGGCGUAGUACUGCUGAUAUGCAUGCUGUCAUGGGUCGCCUACGAGAUAUGUGCCACGAGUGGAGAGCCGGCGUCAUUGUUGCUAAGCUUGAUGUCGAAGGGGCGUUUGACUUUGUCAGUCGCCGUGCAGUUGCUGAUUACAUCGGGAAGAGGCUGUGUUCGAAGAAUGUGCCCUUUGAAUGGAGAUUCCUCCUUCUUCUACUUGAUGAUAAUGUUCUUCAAGGCACUGCUCCUGGGGGUGGUUCAGUUCGUGUCCAUUGCAAUCGAGGGAUAAGGCAAGGAAGCCCUGAAAGCGCCGAACUCUUUGGGUUGCUGAUUUCUGAUGUCAUCAACCGCUUAAAGGACGGUGGACAAUGGCGGGAACCAACAGGGGCGCUCAAGGACUUGCCCGCUGACGUUGGGACGUACCAGGAUGAUAUCUUUGUUUGGACAAACACGGCGGAGAUCCUGCAGAAAAACAUUGCUGCAAUCUCAGCCGAAUUGAAGAAGAUUGGUCUUCGCCUUGCUGCCAGUAAGACGUCCAUUUGCACUUCCAAGUACUACAAGGGGCGACGCCAAGUUCUUGUUGACGAGGUGCCUGUCCAAGUCCUUGAGAAUGAUGGGGCGAUUAGGGUUCUUGGCCUUGACUAUAAUCUUAGUGCUCCUGCCAGUCAACAAGCUCGCGAACUGCAUGGACGUGUCUGGAGUGCAUUCCACGAGCACAAGGAUCUUCUCUGUGGGCCUGGAUCCUGGAGAGAGAAACAUAGGCUCAUCCAAUCCCUGGUUGAAGGGGCGUGGAGCUGGGUUGCUGGCGCUGUUCAUUGGGAAGUCUCGGACCUUCAGAUGAUGAAUUCCACCCAGCUUCGAGUCCUCAGACUUGCCUUUGGCAUUCGUCGAGGUAAAGGCGAAGACUGGAUCACGUACAACACGCGAUCCCUUCGCAGUGUGCGCCUUUGGGUCAUUGGAUGCGACAGUGGGAAGGGUGUCAUCGUGGGCUUGCGGGGCGCAUGCUGCUUUGGAGACGUCUGGGGUGGUGGAACCAUGAGAAGAGUCUGUCUACUGGGAUUCGUCAUCCUCGUCGCUUUCGUGCUGCUAACUUUGAGAGGUCACUUGCUACUUGUCUUGGGGAUGAAUGGUUUGAAGCAUGUCAUGCACGUGAAGCAUGGAAACAACUACUGUGUAAAUGGCUGGCUGACACUGAUGUUCUGUGGAGCAGGGGGCGUCAGCUUGCACUCACUCUGUGACAUGGUGACCUCACUUGCCAUGGCGGCCGCUAUCCUUCUACGUGGACGCCUUCUCUUCAUCAUGCUCCUCGCCUUCCUUGCCUACUACUUCAACUGUGGUGGGGCAGUGCCUGUUGGCCGUGGGGAGACGAUCCUGCUCGUGAUGGGUGGUAUGGCUGGUCUUCUUCGAGUGGUGGGAAUCGUGGACGUCGUGGACGAGCUGGAGUACGUGGUCAAGCUGGUCUUGGUCUUCGGAGUGGCAACCAUCCUCUUCGGCAUCUUCUUCUUCGCCCAGCGGGGCGACCUUCUGGCUUCUUCCGACAUGGGGUGUUCCAAGAUCGCCCUCGUACCGAUGAGGAACAACGAUUCCAUACAGGAGGAACGAGUACGACAAUGGAAAGCUGGGGAGUUUAUCCCAGCCUGGCGCCGUCACAUGGAGGCGUCUGGCCACAGAAUGACUGGGGCGCAGACACUUGAUGAGUUCCGCCGUGUGUUCGCCAAUGAAGCAAACGCAGAUGCGGAACUUCGCUCUCGCACGCAAGCCUCUGCUGUGGGCACGUCUUCUGUGGGACGAUCCUCUACACCUCUUGCACCGUUAGUGGAAGAGGAUGUUAGUGAUGAUCAUGCAUCGUCCUCGGCUAGUACGGUUUCCAGUUGGACUCGUGAAGACCAUGACGGAAAUGAUGGAAAUCUACCUCUCCGGGGUGAUGCACCUCCUGUUCAACCUGAUGAUGCCCAAGAUGACCGUGAUCAAGCCCUUCCUGCUGAUGAUCUACCUCGUCGUCCUCGUCGGUGGGAUGCCAGUUCGUCGAGACAAUCUGAGGAAGCACAACACUCUGCUCGUCCUGCUCCUAGAUGGACACGGGAUGAAUGGAAUGCCUGGGAGAACUGGGAGGAUGAACAUGGCAAUGAUGAUGAUGGUGACAGGGUUGACCUCAUGCAACGCAAUGGCCCACUUCUUCCUGGGGGUGCACCUGCUGAUCAACCUCCUCGUGCUGGGCGGCCAACUUUGGAACUGUCGAUGGGCGAGUCCCAGUCCCUCUACGACGCGGGGUGGCCUAUGCAGAGUAUUGACCACAUUCGAGAGUUUUGCGCAUAUCUGGAAUGGGUCGCCCAACAAUAUGGCCCUGGUGCAGCUGCUUGGGGCCUCGACGCCUGGGCUGACUCGCUGGUGGUCGCUAACGCCACGGUGGAACUUGCGCAAGAAACACUGUGGCAACGACUUCGGGAUGUACCUGUGCAAAGACCCCUGGAAGACGGUGUAAGGGGGCGUAUUGCCGUUGGUUUUGCUGGUCUACAACGUCAACUCAGCGACUUCCACCUCACCAUGGUCCAGGAUGGUUUACGUGACCAGUGGUUGCCAACGCGAAUUGACCAUGAUGGACGUCAGCUUCCGGAACCUCCCUUUAUUCGGGGCGAUGUGAAUGCUUGGAUCCUUGAACGUGCCCGCGCUCUGGCUCGUAACAUGGUUCAGGAAGCGAUCGCACGUGGAGCCCUUGUUCGACGUGAGAACACAGACAGUGGGGGUGCUCAUGUUCAAAUUCCUGCUGCCCCUUCUGCCGAUAAUGGGGCGCAUUCGCCAGUCGGGCCCAGGGCUGAACCUCACGCACAUGGAGAUGAUGUUGCUGUCCCUCCUGGAGAUCAUGAUGGGGACGACGUAAGCGAUGAUGGGGACGAAACUGGCUUGAUGCAAACUACACCUGCAGAAGAAGCUCGCAUGGAUGGGGUGGGACUGCAGACGGAAACACGACGUCUUCUUCGGGACCUUCUUCGCUCUUUGGAUAACAUCCAACAGCGAGGGGAAGGACCUGAGUACCGUUGGGGUGUUAAUGCUGUUGUGGCAAGUUGGGAUGAUGCCCUUCGCAGCACCUCUGUGUUACGAGAUAUCUUGGCUCGCAGAACGACUGUGCUGGGUUGGAACUACAAGAUGCACUACGGGGUGGCACUGGGGCUCCUGGGACGCUUGAUGCAUCACAUGUUGAAGUCUCAACGGUUAUGCGGAGUGGAAGAAACACUCGUCCUCCUCGACCUCGUCCACCGCGUGGGUCGCGUAGUCGUUCUCGUGCUCGGGAUGGAACUACGACAACGGUUGGGGAUGUGGUUCAUCAUGGCCCACCUGGUUUGCCUGGCUCCUCCACGGACGAUGUUGGUGCUGCUAUGGGGCGGAGCGAACAACCUCGUCUACUCGCCGAUCCUGUCGAAGUUCUACCUGGAGCCACCACUGGCGUUACGGUUGGUGGCGUGGUUCAGCAUGACCGACCUGGUCUCCCUGGCUCCUCCACGGACGUUGUUGGUGAUGGUAUGGGGUCUGCUGAAGUACCUUCGACAGCAAACCCUGUUGAACCUCUACCUGCUGGCGACGUGGAUUUGCCUAUUCUACACCGCGCAUCUGAUGAGCCUCUUCGAGAACAACGACCUGUUCCUGCUGGACGUGAUGAUCUUGGUGAUGGCACUAUGGGGCGGCCAGUUCUACCUCCUGCUGUGGACGAUCCUCUUCAUGUUCCUCCCGUUGUUUCGUCGCAACCUUCACCUGAUCUGCCUUCUCUCCCCAGACUUGAUGCAGCCUCUGGUGAUCGACUCAGGGUGUGUGAAUGAGGCAAGUGAUGGGCCACUUCUUGUUCCGGGGAGUGCUAUGCCUCCAGAGAAUGUUGCUGCAGUGUCAACACCUGUGAGUGUAGUUCCUUCUGAUGAGGGGUGUUUGUCGGCCCCUUUGAAUGUUGCUAUUGCUUUCAAUUUGGAGAAUGUUGUAUCUGAAGACAGUGUCGCUCCCGAAGGGAUGUGA